UAUUCUUCAGCUCCUCCUCCACAUCUGUGACUCUGAUCUGCUGCUGGUGAAGACGGUCAGAUGUUGGCAUUCUGUAGAACAGACUGUGGAGGUUACUCAUCUUUAGUGGCACUUCUGAAUACAUAAAGCAGCCCAAAAAAUAGUGCUUAAGUAUACUUUCAGUGGUUUACUGGCUUGAUUUGAAAGCCUAUUUCUUCAGAACAAUCUUUUUCAGUCUUUAACACGCAUGUAGGGGUGUGUCAGCCAGCAGCAGCUGAUUUCACAAACUUCUUCAGCCCCCGUGGGAGGAGAAUUCACAUCUGACUUCUUUCAGCCAUCACAGCCAGUGAGAUCUGACUUCAGGGCGUGUGUCGACACCUUGCAGAAUAUCUUGACAAUAUCUCCGACACUGCUAAUGCUGUCAUCUUCAGGAUAAUGGGACCGCAGAAUAAUCAAAUCAAAUCACUUCCAUCGUGGACUACAGCUCUCUGUGACGCACACAGUACAUAGUCACGUCAUGUGUAACACAUGGACUACACAGACGAUGACAGACGUCGAAGAGAAAAAAUCAGAGCCGGCGUGUGAAUGAUCUGGAAUGAUUCUUCUAUCAGGGGCAAAACAUCUGUCCAGCGUCAAAAGUAAAACACUUGUACCCCUAACUGUGUUUGUAAUGUUAGCCCUUCCACAUUUGCUGUUGGUUGUAAAGGUAAUUUAAGGACCAUAAACAUGUUUGCAGUGUAAACAUGGGGGCUCUGUGUUUUGAUUUGACAGAACGCAUGAUGAUGCAUUUUUUUUUUUUUCUCGCUUGCCUGUGUUGUCGCCUCUCGAUCCUUCCUUGUCUUGUUCUGCAGUUCAUCGCAUGCAGUAGGACCAGCUCACACCAACAGACCAGGGCCGGGCUCCUCGUAAAUACAUAUAAUUACUCUGGUGUGAUAAAGGAUUACAUGAGGGUUCCCGUUUGGGUUUCGAAACAUGUCUGGCAUCAAAGAAAGCAAGUGCACGCGUGUCAUCCGACGCCUGGUUCUCUGGGUUCUCCUGAUCAACAUCAUGCUGGUGCUGUACUGCUUUAGGAACACAACCCACGUGAAGACGAGGGGCUCCCAAGACGACACAUGUCCUCUCAGCGUUGCAAGAUCGCCGAAGCAAAAUGUGACCAGCGCCAAAUCCCAGUCGGAGGAGUGCUCCCCCACGUUGAACAUCAUGUUCAUGAAGACCCAUAAAACCGCCAGCAGCACCAUCCUCAACAUCCUCUUCAGGUUUGGGGAAAAGCACAAGCUUAAGUUCGCCUUCCCCGAUGGCCGCAACGACUUCUUCUACCCGUCGCCUUUCCUGUGCUCCCAGGUGAAGGGCUACACGCCCGGAGACUGUUUCAACGUAGUUUGCAACCACAUGCGCUUCAACCAUCGAGAAGUAGCCAAGCUCCUGCCUCCGGAUGCUGUGUACAUCACCAUCCUGCGUGACCCCGUCGACCUCUUUGAAUCGUCCUUCCAUUAUUAUCACAGAGCAGUUCCUCUCACGUGGAGGAUCAGAGGAGAGAACAAGCUGGCAGAGUUUCUAGACAAUCCCGAGCGCUUCUAUAGCUCCGAGGCUAUCAACUCGUUCUAUCUUAAGAAUCUGCUCUCUUUUGACUUCGGUUUGGAUAACAACCUGGAGGCCGAUGAUCCCCGUGUACUGAGAGAUAUUCACGACUUGUCUGGACAUUUCGAUCUGGUUCUCCUAGCAGAAUAUUUUGAGGAGUCGCUCAUUCUGCUCAAGGACAAACUCUGCUGGAGCAUGGACGACAUCCUGUAUUUCAAACUCAACGCCCGCAAGCGCUCGUCUGUCUCUCGACUGACCCCCGAACUGAGAGCCAAGGCUCUACAGUGGAACGGAGCUGACUGGAGGCUCUAUCAGCACUUCAAUGCCAGCUUCUGGGCCAGGGUAGAGGCGUAUGGGAGAGAGAGGAUGAGCCGCGAGGUUGAAGAGCUGAGGAGGAGAAACUCUGAGAUGAAGAACGUCUGCAUCGAGGAUGGAGGUGCAGUCGAAGCCCGAAAGAUUCAGGACAGGCGUUUCCUGCCCUGGCAGCCAGUCGGCGAGUCUUCCAUCCUGGGGUACAACAUGAGGAAAAGCAUGGAUCCCAAGUUCAGGACAAUCUGUGAGAAGAUGGUCACACCUGAGAUACAAUACUUAUCAGAACUGGGUGUUAGCCUGUGGCUGACUAGACUAUGGGGUUGGUUUAAAGAUGCUGUCUUUUAGAGUUUGACUCUCUUUAAAGCAUUUACAACUAAAAUACAGCCAUUUAUCCUGCAACGUGUGCAUGGUACCUAAUUGAAACUGUUUUUUUUAACUAUUAUUUAAUACAUUUUGGUAACUUUCUUCUAAAUGAUGGAUAAUCUGCAUACCUAUGACUGUUUGACUCUCAAAACAUGUACCACACCAACAUAGGCCCACAGAUGUGUCACAGUUCUCAUUCAUGCUCUUCAUUAAUUGCUUGUCACAGUUUUGUGUAUAUUUUAACGUACAUACAAAAUGCUAAAACUGUGUUUACAUUAUCAAAAGAAAAAAAAAACAGUAAGGUAAUACUCAGCAAUCUAUGUUGUUGUACCUUUGCUGCAGUUGAAGUCAGACUUACAUACCUGGGUGUUUCAUUAAUACUGUGGUGCAGUGAUUCAGUUGAACCCAUUGGAUUGAAAUCAGGGUGUGACAUCUGCAACUGAUCAUCAACAUGCUGUUGUCUCACAGUUGGACAGGCUGUGUUAUUGUGCCCCCCAGAGGCCUGAGGCUCAGGUGCACUUGUUUGCAAAGCCUUUGAAGGACAGUGGCCUAGUGUGACCCUUUGGAAGUCGUUGUGGUCUGACACAUUUUCCGUGAGUGCAUUUAAGCCGAUCAGCUUCUUGACUUUUUGGUUCAACAUACAACUGAAUAACCAUGAAAGUUAUUAUUCUUGGUAAAAGGUGGGAGCUGCCAGUAGUGCAGAUCACACUUCUUUUAUUUGCUGAUUUGCCAGUUCAGUGCCACAAGCUUCAGUUCAGAUGUUCCUCUAAGUAAUAGCCUUGGAUGUUCAGCAGGUUAACCUGGAGACAGGUGGUAUGUUUAUCAGCAGAGGGGUUGAAUUUUGUAAUUUUUCUCUCAUCACAGUAUUUGUGACAAGAUGCUCUUUCUCUACAAAAUGAGAAUGUUUCAAAUAGGUGCUUGAAGUUACGUAUGUGCAGCACUGUGUGUACGAGAAUCAUCAUUAACUUCUAAAGAGUCUUGUGUAUCAUUGAUAAAAUACACUGCAACUGAAAUCUGCCACCUGGCAGUCUGUUGUCUCUUAGAAAUAUGCAAAGUAUAGCUAUGUAUUGACAGGUUGUUUUUAUUUUUUUUUUACUUGUUUGUCAUAUGGACAAACUAAUACUUUUGUUCUAUUGUAGAUAUGGCAACAAUAAGCACUUGUCUGCACUCCUAACCUGGCUAUGUGACCUUUCCUCUGUCAAACAUAGCAGGGAACUUGCUGCUUGUAACAUGUCCUUCCCACCACCUUUGUGGUAUAUUAAAAAUAUAAACUUCCAUCUAACAACUUUGAAAUUUGCAGUCCUUUCGACCUGUUCUUUGAGUAUUAGUACCAGAUACAAACCAAAUGUAAUUGUUCACCUUUGAAGUUAUAUAAAAAAUAGCUGGACACAAGUCAACAUCCACUGUGUAAUUCAAACAAACUGUAUCAUGCAUAUAAAAUGCACAUAACCUACAGACACAGUUUAUAGACACACUGAACAAU